AUGCCGUCCAAACAGCGAUUCUCCUCCCUCGACAUCAAAGUCAUCGCCCACGAACUCUCCAACUCCCUCCUCUCGCUGCGAUGCUCGAACAUCUUCGACCUCUCUUCUCGAGUCUUCCUAAUCAAGUUCGCCAAACCUGAGCGGAGGGAACAGUUGAUCAUUGACAGUGGCUUCCGCUGCCAUCUCACCGCCUUUGCACGAUCGACUGCUGCCGCGCCCAGUCCUUUUGUGAGCAGGUUACGAAAAUUCCUGCGAACGCGGCGAGUCACCGCCGUCCAACAAAUCGGCACCGAUCGCGUGAUUGAGAUCCAGUUCAGCGAUGGACAAUACCGCCUCUUUCUGGAAUUCUACGCCGGCGGCAACAUCAUCCUCACGGACUCCGAGCUUGCAAUCAUAGCGCUGCUGCGGAACGUGAGCGAAGGAGCGGAACAUGAGCAAUACCGAGUCGGCUUGAAGUACGACCUAUCGCAGCGGCAGAACUACGAUGGCGUGCCAGAUCUCACAAGAGAAAGAGUCAAGGGUGGCUUACAACGAGCGAUCGAGAAGCAAAAGGAAGAGGCCCAGAAGCCGGGGAAGAAGGUCAAGAAGAAAGGCGGAGAUGCUCUGAGGAAAGCGUUGGCCGUGACCACAACCGAAUACCCUCCAGUUCUCCUCGACCAUGCAUUGUUUGUGUCAGAUUUUGACAAGACUCUUCAGCCGGAGCUGGUUGUUGCGAGCGACGAGCUACUUGAUAAGUUACUCAAUGCUCUGCAGGAGGCCCAAAGGGUAGUACAAGAGAUUACGAGCAAGGAAACUGCAAAGGGCUACAUAAUAGCACGACCAACUCGACGCGCGGAAGACAAAGCAGCCACGGCGGACAGCGAUGACCGCGAAGGACUGGCGUACGAUGACUUCCACCCAUUCAAGCCUGCGCAGUUCGCAGCCGACACCUCCAUCACCUUCCUCGAGUACGAAGGCUUCAACAAAACUGCAGACGAAUUCUUCUCUUCUCUUGAAGGGCAGAAACUGGAGUCGAAAUUGCAGGAGCGCGAAGACAACGCCAAGCGCAAGAUUGAGCACGCGCGAGAGGAACAAGCGAAGCGGCUCGACGGCCUGCAGCAAGUCCAGGAGCUCAAUAUUCGCAAAGCGCAAGCUAUCGAGGCGAACGUGGAGAGAGUGGAGGAAGCGGUGGCGGCUGUGAACGGGCUGAUUGCUCAAGGCAUGGAUUGGGUUGAUAUUGGAGGCCUGAUUGCAAACGAGCAAGCGCGAGGCAAUCCUGUUGCGCAGACCAUCAGCCUUCCGUUGAAGCUCCACGAAAACACCGUCGCCCUCCUGCUGUCAGAAGUCGAUGCUGUAGAGGAGGAUGAAAUGGCCGAUGAAACGGACAGCGAAGCAUCCGACACCGAAGACGAGCAGCCUGCGCAGUCCAAGCAGAAAAGCCCUGACAAGCGCUUGACUAUUGACGUUGACCUUGCUCUUUCGGCAUGGGCAAAUGCAAGACAGUACUACGAUCAGAAGCGAUCUGCAGCUGUCAAGCAGGAGAAGACCGCUCAAGCGUCGCAGAAAGCCCUGAAGAGCACCGAGCAGAAAGUCAUGGCGGACUUGAAGAAGGGGCUCAAGCAGGAGAAAGACGUCUUGCGCCCUGUGAGGAAGCAGAUGUGGUUUGAGAAGUUCAUCUACUUCAUCUCCUCCGACGGGUAUCUCGUGCUCGCGGGGAAAGAUGCCCAGCAGAACGAGAUACUAUACCGCAGACAUCUCAAAAAGGGCGACGUCUACAUCCACGCCGAAUUGAACGGCGCGGCAUCCGUUAUUAUCAAGAACCGGAUCGGCACACCGGAUGCCCCCAUUCCUCCUUCAACUUUAAGCCAAGGGGGCCAUCUUGCCGUGUGCACUUCAAGCGCCUGGGAUACCAAGGCCGUGUAUUCCGCGUGGUGGGUGAAUGCCGACCAGGUCUCUAAGACGGCGCCAUCUGGAGAAUUCCUCACCCCGGGCUCUUUUGUCGUUCGGGGAAAGAAAAACUUCCUACCUCCCGCCCAGCUUCUACUUGGAUUUGCCGUCCUUUUCCAGAUCAGUGAGGAGAGCAAGGCGCGGCAUGUGAAGCAUAGACUGCUCAACGUGUUUCCAGAGACGCCUGAUCUGACGGACUCCGAAACGAUUGCGGAAAGCUCGAACCAAGGAGACGGAAGUGAUACUGCAGGCUCGGAUGACGAUUUUCUCGAUGCUACGCCGCGCCCUCCUGCAGUACACGACAGCUCUGACGAGUUCCCGGAUGCUACACGAACUCCUGAAAGCUUUGAGGAGGGCGAUUUCGGGCGAGCUGCGGCUGAGAGAGGGGAAGCAGAGGACGACGAUCUCCCCGAUGCCACAGGGGGCCAUGAAGACGAUGGCGACGAGGGCGAGGACGAUGAUGCUCCUCGCGCAAACCCGCUGCAAGUGAAUGGUGCAGUCAAACCACCCAAACCCAACCCUUCAACCGACAGCGCCCCCAUCGAAGAGGACAAUGAGUCGAAUACGGAUGAAGACAGUUCGGACGAAGAGUCUCACUCCAAGCAUACUUCUUCGAACGACACCUCUGCUACGGCAGCACAUCAUGAAGCGGAUCGCUCGUCCCUAUCCACAGCAUCAACGGUCAAGCCAACGCCACAGAAGCACGUCCGUGGAAAGCGCGGCAAGACGAAGAAAGCGGCUGCAAAGUACGCCGAGCAAGACGAAGAAGACCGAGAAGCGGCCAUGAGACUGCUCGGGUCUCGAGCCGGCGAUGACAAGCGACGGGCAGAAGCUGCGGAGAAGGCUGAAAAGAAAGAGUCCGUGGAAGAGGCGCGUGUACGCCGGCGAGCCCAGCACGAGAAAGCUCAAAAGGAAGGCCUUGAGGCUGAGGAAAUCAGACGCAUGAACCUCGAAGAAGGCGUGGAUGAACUGGACGAGCAUGAAGCUGCGUCUCUCACGGUGCUCGAUGCGCUUGUCGGCACACCCUUACCCGGCGACGAAAUCCUCGAAGCCAUCCCCAUCUGCGCGCCGUGGUCUGCUUUGACGAAGUACAAGUACAAAGCCAAGAUGCAGCCUGGCCAGCAAAAGAAGGGCAAGGCGGUGCGUGAGAUUCUCGGGAAGUGGGUCAAGGAUGCGGCCGAUCCCAAAAGGAUCGACCAGCACAGCCGGGAUACGGAGAAGAUUUGGCCGAGGGAGGGAGAGCUGAUCAAGGCGUGGAAGGAAGCGGAGGUGGUGGGCAUUAUUCCUGUGAAGAGCGUGAGAGUCAUGAUGUCGGGCGGUGGCACUGGUGGAGAGAAGGGCAAGGCUGGGAAGGGUGGUGGCGGUAAGGGCGGGCGGGGCGGGAAAGGGAGCAAGAGGAGGUAG